AUGAGCGAACGCAAGACGUGCGUCGCCAGAGCAUUCUGGGAGCAACACGAGCAAAGCGAGACCGCACUCGAGCUGUCACUCUCGUACAAAUACAAGUGCGACCUCGAAUCUAUAGAGCAAGGGUACCGCUACUACGUGAUCUACAAGCUCCGUCAGCUCAAGUUCCUCGACUCCCGCGCCGUGACCAGCGCCGAGCGGGCCGAGGCUCGGCGCGUGGGCGCCUUCAUGCGGGUCGCCCGACCGCCGCUACACGUCGGGGGAUCGGUGCCCUGGGCCGACGGCGGCUCGGACUCGGAGGCGGACGCCUACCGGUACACACCGGUGCCGCCGAUACCCACGCACGGCAUCGGCCGGCAGCGCAUGACCGUCUACGGCAUGCUCAAGUACAAGUACACCGGCAAGCACUCCGAAGGGAACCGCUUCAUCCGCAAAGAAGAGCUCUGA